AUGGUCAUUAUUUCAUCGGCCUUCCCCAAUGUGAUGGCUGGUUGUGUCCGAACCAGGUUCAGACACAAUCUGUCUAUUGUAGGUAUAUCAACCCUCCGACGUACACGUCGAAUAAUAAUGAUAAUGAAAAUAAUGAUAAUAAUAAUGAUAAUUGAGAGUAAGAUUGAUCCUCAGAACUGGGCUCAAUGGAAGAAACAAGAUAGAAGUUAUCUAUAGUCUUACAGUCCCAGUUGAGAAUUAUACUUUGGGCAUCAUUGACUGGAAAAUCUCCGAAUUGAAGAAGAUUGCAGAUAUAGAAAGGCUGUACAUCCCAAGAAAAGAUAGAGGAAGGGGCCUGAUUGAUGUAGAAACACCUUUAAAAACAAUAACAAUAGAGCUCAAUCCUCAUCUGAGGGACAAAGAAGGGCAAUAUCCAAAGCAGGUGCUAGAAUAUGAAAGAUCUGAAGCCAAAAAUGCAAUAACCAAGAAUGCUACUAAGUUCAAAAGGGAAGUACAGCAAUGCCAGAGUUGGAGAACAGAGAAGAUAAAUCAGCCUCAGAAAAUGCUCAGACUCAAGUCUAAGAUGAAAUCCAUGAAAGAAGAAAAGUGCAAAAACAAAGCAUUGCAUGGCCAGUAUCCCAGGAUUGUAGAGAAGACUCAGGUAGACGCAGUCAUCACCAACAAAUGGUUGUCAAGUAAUCUGAAAGGAGAACCAAAGGAACUACUUGUCGCAGCUAAAGACCAGGCAAUAAACACUAGAAACUACCAGAAAGUAAUAUGUGGCCAGCAAGUGGAGAGCAAAUGCAGAAUUUGUUCGCAACAUGAAGAGACAGUGGACCAUAUUGCAUCUGGAUGUCAGAUCAUGAUAUCGAGAUUACAGACAAAUGGUAUCAACAUGAGCCAGAGACUGUGA